AUGACGCAAGACCAAAAGAGUGCGUACAUGCCCUUUGGAGUCGGUAUGAAUGCUUGUCCAGCCAUCAACGGUUUUGGUAGGAAGAUGAUCUCGUCCUUAGUCGUGGUGCUUAUUACGCGACUCGGUACGAGAGACUCGGGGGCGCGAAUAUGGUUUGGUGAUGACAAGUUAGAUAUUGAUAUGAGAGCCCCAUUGCCGACUGGACGAAAUGAUAUGGGGGAAUGGGUUACAAGUCUUGAUAGUAUCAACUAA